ACAUACAUUAGAAAUUGGUGGACUCAUUAAAAUUUUUUUUCCGACUUCCGUCCCUCCCAAAAUUCUUCACAUAUUUGUUAGCUUUUGAGAUAAUCAUUAGAGAGAACCAUUUUUUCUUCAAACCACAUUUAGCAACGACAACCGUCAUGUCUCAACCACCACAGAGAAAGCCAUGUUCUACGGCGGCGGCGGGGAAAGUUGACGAUUGGAGAUGCUUCAAAGAGUUAGGGUUGCUGGAUGAGGCAGUCACGCAGAAGAAGGACCGUGAAGCGCUUACGGAGAAGAUCUCCGCUCUCCAAACAGAGCUUGUUGACUACCAGUACAAUAUGGGCCUCCUCUUGAUCGAGAACAAAAAAUGGAGUUCAAAGUAUGAUCAACUGAGGCAAGAACUAGCUGAAACCGAGGAGAUUCUCAAACGACAACAGUCAGGACAUUUAAUUGCAUUAUUUGAUGCUGAGCAAAGGGAGAGAUGUUUGAGGAUAGCAUUGAGCGUGGAGAGGAAGUGUGUGGCUGAUGUAUGUUUUGUUUCUAUUUCAAGUCUUGAGAGAGCUCUGAUGCAAUGCAAGAAGACUAUACACAAGUUCAGUAUUCCUCACAUACAAAGCUGAAGCAAAUGCAUUGGUUCUUGGAUAUGAGAAGUAUUUCGUGAUUGACAAGAGAAUGCUUGAUUCAAUGGCUUAGAUUUCUGAGAUAAACAGAAAGAAUGCAGAGGUGGAUAUCAAAUUGCAAGAAGGGGAUCCCAAUAUUUUCUAUUAAGGCUUACAUGUCAAGAAAACGAGAAAUAAUAUCCUAUGCCCUGAUUCUGUCGUGGAUAUAUUUUGUAUGCCUUAAACAGUUUACGUUUUUCUUCUUCUUUUAGUGUGAUUUGCAAUUGCAAAGUUGUACAGUUUAUUCUUCUCUGGCUUGGCCCUGUCAGACCCAAUACUUCUGCAUAAGUGUGCUUGGUA